UUAGGCUCUGAACAAUCGAUAUGCUUGUUCAGACGUGAGAAAAUUAUGUCGUGGACUCCACCUCCCUUAUAUUAUAUAAAAAGAGAGAAAAAUAAGGAGAGCAUUCGGAGGUAACACUUAUAAAGAGUGGAUGUGAUGUCGAUAGAAACAUAGACAUUCUUGACAGUAGACAGCAACGUAGUAGCGCGUGGCUUGCAGCUGAAUGCCCAUUUGUCAUAAGGGAGCUCAGUCCUGCAGCGAGGCCUUGACUGUCAGUUCCUGAGUCUGCUGCGCAAGUCCUCGUUCGGCGUCGACACGAUGACGAUCAAAGUUCUGGCAUUUCAGAAGACAGAAAUGAGUAAGGAGCUGGGAUCGGUGCUAACAGAAAAGCUUCGAGACCUUCGCAUCGAUGGGGUUCCCGAAGACAUGAAAGUACCUGAGGAGGAUCGACCAGUGGAAGCCGAAUUUGAGAGCAUUGAUCUGCCUCUGAUAGAUCUUUCUCUCAUGAAUAGCGACCGAGCAGGACUCGUGAAGAAAUUCCGCGAGGCAGCAAGCACGUGGGGAAUUUUCCGUGUUACCAAUCAUGGUGUGCCGUCCGGCCUUAUGAAGGAAGUGCAAGAAGAAGGCCUGAAAUUUUUUCUGCAGUCCGAGGAGGCCAAAUUGAAACUACUGACCAGAGGAAAGUUAGGCGCAGGCAAGGGCAGCUACUACACUGGAAAUAACAUUGAGGAGAAGCGCCACAGCUUGCACUGGGCAGAAAGCUAUGUGAUGUGGUUCGGUCAGUGGUGCGCUCUGGAUCCCACCAUCAUCGAUCGAGUUACAAGUGAGUGGAAAACUGCUGAUGAUCGAUUUCGGACUGCAAUGUCGGAGUACUUGACAGGCGUUAGAGCGGCAGCCAAGCAACUGUCGCAGCUCGCUUCUGAAAGUUUGGGACUCAAGACAGAUUUCUUCUCAAGCCCAACUGUAGAGACGGGAAACAUUGUCAUUCGUUGGAACUACUAUCCAGCAUGUCCACUACCUGACGAUGUUCUCGGAGCACACAGUCAUACGGAUCCUACUUUACUGACUGUCUUGCAACAGGACAAAGUUGGAGGACUACAGGUGGAGAGAGAUGGACGCUGGUACAACGUCAAGCCAGUGGAAGAUACCUUCACCGUGAACAUUUCAGAUCAGUUUCAUAUUUGGUCCAACGGCAUCUUCAAAAGUGUUCUGCACCGAGUUUUAGUGAACAAAGAGGUUCCCCGCCUUUCGAUAGCAUCCAUACUUUCGUUGACAGGGAGUCAAUCUCUUUGUCCUCCAAGUGAGCUAAUUGAUGAAAAUCAUCCUCGUGUGUAUAAAGAUAUGAACGCACAAGAACACUCCGAAGUGGUCAUCAAGUCAAGAAGUUCAGGCAGCGACACCAAAGUUUUCAGCGGGUUCAAUUAUUUUGACACUUUAAAAGCCUAGUGAUAGCAGACCUUUUGGAGGGUGUUCUCCGCUCGAAAAAAUACACCACAAGGUUAAAGACUAGUUGACCCUGUGAAGCUUCUGUACUCAACUACGUGAACUUCGUACUGUAACAAAGAGUGAGCAGCCGUCGCUAUUCCAGCAGAUUAGUCUAGUAGAGACGUGAAGAAAACCUACGGGCGUUGAGCGCAACAGCUCGGUAUGUAAAAAUCCAUGAACUGUUUGUUCACUUCUUGUGGAGUUUUCUCUCAAGGCGUGAGUUUACGUUCUCUGUAUAAAUUCUACCGAAGAUAUGAGAAAUCGACAUGGGCCGCAAAGAAAUACUUCUCUGGAUGAAACAGACAAAUGUGAACGACGCUUGGCGAGUAAUUACGGUUGAAUCAAAUUGCAUAUGUUUGACGACGUUUCUGCCGGAGCAGAUUUGGACAGACCAUUGUGAGAGGCCUAGUCGCAUGAAAUGAACGGUGAAUUUCACGCCCUAUUACAACAAUUUUGGUCAGAAAUCCA